AUGCCAUUUCCAUCGUCUCGUAUUCCAAAUCCAAGUAAACGCUCAUCAAAAUCCUCUUUUCUUUUGCCACCAACCGUAAGUUUAAGCGCUAGCAAUUCUGAGGUGGCCAGAACAGUCAAGACACCGUCGCCUGGGUUUAAGCGUCCAACGAAGAGACUACAAUUUUCAGUCAGUGUCAGUAAUAAAACGCCGGAAAAAGAGACUCAAAAGAAAGCCCAAGUGUCAUCAACUAUCUUACGACCAAUAUCAGCUGCCUCAAGCUUUGUAUCCUCAAGCUGUUCUGAUACACAAUCGGAGAACAUCCGCGUACUGCUUCGUAUCCGUCCGUCGUCCAGUCGAGACAAAAAGAAAGCGGUCGAGGUCGCACCAGAUCACCGUGGUGUGACGUUGGCUCCGUCAUCACAACAGGAGAAACGCUUUGGUUUUGAUCGCGUCUUUAUUGAGACUUGCGACCAGGACGAGAUAUUUCAAGAUGUAGGACGAGUUGCGGUUGACAAUACAAUUCAGGGCUAUAAUGGCAGUAUCUUCGCAUAUGGACAAACAGGUUCGGGAAAAUCAUUUACAAUGCUUGGAGGACCGAUGGUAGCUGGGCAAGACCUGCGACACUCACCGUUACGUGGACUGACGCCACGUAUUUUAGAUUAUUUGUUCUUGCGCUUAGCAGCACUAGCAAAAGAACGCAAUACAGCAUUCUAUGAUGGACAAGAACAGGAACGUGCGCUUCAGUAUACCCUUGCAUGCUCGUAUCUGGAAAUUUACAAUGAAAAAGUAUUUGAUUUGUUGGAACCUAGUGGCUCUGUUGCUGCGCAGCAGCCCAAAAAUCUUCGAGAAGAUCGAAAUAAAGAGGUUUAUGUUGAUCAAUUACGGGAGAUCGAUGUGGGGAGUGAACAAGAGGCAUUGACUUUGCUACAGCUAGGUGCACAAAAUAGACAUAUCUCGUCAACGGAGAUGAACCGCGAAAGCUCGCGUUCACACACAGUGUUUUCAGUAAAGUUGGUAGUAGAAGAGCGCACGUCAGCGGGUGUGAAACGUACACGGCGUUCACGUUUACAUUUAGUAGAUCUAGCAGGUAGUGAAAAACAACGACAAACACGAGUCCAAGGCAAGCGUCUGAAGGAAGCUGCGCAGAUCAAUAAGUCGUUAUCAGCGCUAGGCAAUGUCAUUAUGGCUUUAGUUGAUGUAAGCAACGGCCAGAAACGUCACGUGCACUAUCGCGACUCAAAGCUUACGUAUCUAUUGAGAGAUGCGUUAGGUGGUAAUGCUAUUACGAGUAUUGUCGCUACUAUUUCACCUGAAGAAACGUACUUUACGGAAACAUUGAGCACGCUCAAAUUUGCUCAGCGUGCCAAAUUCAUUAAGAAUAAUGCCGUUCAAAAUGAAGAUUCAGACUCGCUGGUACCGGUGCUCAAAGAGCAGAUCGAGAAAUUGAUGCGAGAGAUCGCAGUUUUGCGUAGCGACGGUCGUAUUAGUGGUUCUGCCCCUUGUGACGAUGUACCUAAUGUGGAGCCGUCAAAUGUUGUGCACGUGAAUGGGUUUGCUGAGGCUGAAACAAAGUCUCAAGUUAAUGAUAAGAAGCAAAACCGAUGGGAGCCAGCGUUAGAUAUAAUGCAAAAACUUUUGCGUGCAAGUGGGGCUUGGCCUCCGAUGGACGGGGGGGAGUUGAAUGAAGAAAAUUCGCAGCAGCUAGAGCGUGAUGUGGUAGAAGUUCGCUGCGAUCGCCUUGAAAUGCUGCUUUAUCGUAUGAUAUGUCGCUUUGAGGAGUACAAAGAGGUCACGUUUGACCCUCAUCGAUUGAAGUAUGAUCGACGGUCGCAACAAUUAAAACCAAGCAGGCUGCCAGCCCCACGAAUGUCAAAGCUUCCAGUACCCAAACGAUACAGCGGUGCUACUGUCCGUUACCAUCAAAUAGAAAAUCAGGAACACUCUGCUGAUGACGAAGGCAUCAAGGGGAAGCGGGAGUGUGAAAUACAUAGGAAGCUUCAAGAGCAAGAAAAUCAAAUUAGGGAGCUAUCGCAGCGAUCACAAGAAGCUGAGGCAGAGAAUGAUCUUAUUCGGCAAGAACUCUGUGAGCUACUCGAGUGGAAGGCAUUUGUUGAGGAAGAGCGACGCCGAGCGAGUGAUGGCGUGCCCAUCGAUCCACAGCUGGAAAGCGAAGAUGACGAAUUGGAGACGCCGAUUCUCGAAGCUUCGACUGUACCAAGCGAAGAGAUGCAGGAGAUGCAAGAACUUCUCAAUGUCUACCGUUCGCUAUACGACGAAGUGACGGAGCUGAUGUAUACAAAGAGACCGAUGUUAUGCAUUCCACCGAGCCCUAAAUCAGGGUCAUCAGUGGUCACCGACUCUGCCUCGACCUGCUAUGCUUCUGGUGAUGAGGAAGAAAUUGGAGACGACUGCAUAUCAGUGGAUGGCUUUGAUGCAAGCGAAGACGGUGAUGUAGGAGCCAGUGAUACGUAUCGUGAGAUUCGUCGUGUAAAUGCACUGAGCUUGCGUUUGGAGCGACAGCUUGAUUAUUACCAGGAUGCUAUUCAGCGUCUUGAAAAAGAGCUGCAAACCUCACAGGAUGAACUUGAAACGUCCAGUGCUGCAACGAAAUUUGCUGAGUUUCAGCUUCAGCAGUUGCGAUCUCUGGCUGCUGAUGAAGAAUCUAAGCAGAUUUAUAAACUGCAAGCGAGACUCAAGGAUGUUAAGCAAAGAGUCCGCUCGCAACAUGAAGAAAUUGCUCAAAUAUUGGACAAAGAGGCAGCGGAAGAUGGAAAAGCUCUACAUCAUGAGCAAUUUAGAAUCAAGCGACUCGAAACCUCAAGUAGUUUUGAAGAGGGCAGAAGUGAUAAUGAAGAACUCGCGAGUGCACUCGAAAAGGCUCAAAGGCACAUCAAAGAGCUUGAGCAAGAAAUAUUAGAUACGCCCGAGGUAGCCAUGACAACGACGAAGGUAACCAGUGAGGAGGCAUCUCUUCAGCUUCUGACAUUGUUAGAUCAAGUUUUGAAGGAUAAUUCAAAGCUCUUGACAGCGGUGCGUGCCCUUCAGAGCAAGCGAUUCCAUGAUGGCGUACAUUGCCAGUUAAGUUCGCCCGUGCCAGCAGUGGCUACUGGGUGCGGAAAGCAAUUUGAUAGCGCAGGCGAGGACCGCAAAGCCGAUCAAUUCACUCCAUUACGGCAAGAAAUUUCCUCGUUACAAUCUCAGCGAGAUCUAGAUUACAACACCGUCACUGCAGAUGCAGACUUAUGUGACCAUAUAGCGCCCGAUCAAUAG